GCUCAUUUCGACAGUCGUAAUAUCCGCUCUGUCUACGUGCGGCAGCCAUUACACUUCCGUUCUUCAAGGGUAUCUGAAGACACUAGUCGAAACAACAUGUACCGGUUUGCUAAAGCUGCAGUUAACGCUACUGGUCAGGCCGUGCGGCAGGUGAGGCAUGGCUCCACCACCAGCCAGGACUUCCACUCCAAGUAUGGCACUGGCCUGCUGAUCGGUGGAGCUGUCUUUUGCACGGCUGUGUGGUCAUACGUGCUGACUCAGACUGGCAUCACCUGGAAUUUGUCACCAGUCGGAAAGGUCAUGCCCAAAGAGUGGAGAGAGGCUGAGGAGUGAAGAGCCGCCAUGACAGACCUUGUUCUCACCUAAUGAACCUUCUGGUUGUACAGAUGAAUAAUGAAUAUCUGUGUGUUCAGACAGUUAAUGCCUGUGCUUAUUCCAACAUGUUACUUUGUUCAAAUAAAUUAUCUGUGAUUCUACUGACAA